AUGUCAUCUUUCCAAUUACAGAAUUCAGAGGUUUUGGCUCGACUUAAACCAUUUGGUAUACUGUUUGAGAAAUCACUUAAUGAUUUGAUCAAAGGAAUAAGAGCUCAUACCAAGGAAUCACCAGAAAGUUUAGGUAAUUUUCUUGAUGUGGCGAUUCAAGAAUGUCGGAAUGAAUUAAUUACCACUGAUCUAGAAACUAAAGCUAUGGCUAUUCUUAAAUUAGCAUAUUUGGAAAUGUAUGGAUUUGAUAUGUCUUGGUGUAAUUUUCAAAUUCUUGAAGUUAUGUCAUCAAGUAAAUUUCAACAAAAAAGAAUUGGAUAUUUAGCUGCCAUUCAAUCAUUUAAAAAUGAACAAGAUUUACUUAUUUUGGCGACUAAUCAAUUUAAAAAAGAUCUUAAUUCUCAUAAUCAUGUUGAUAUUGGAUUAGCAUUGAGUGGGGUUGCGACAAUUGUUACUCCAAGUUUGGCUAAAGAUAUUAAUGAUGAUGUAUUAAUGAAAUUGAAUCAUUCAAAACCAUAUAUUAGAAAAAAAGCCAUAUUGGCAAUGUAUAAAAUAUUCUUACAAUAUCCAGAAAGUUUAAGAUUGAAUUUUAAUAGAGUUAUUGAAAAAUUAGAUGAUCCAGAAAUAGCUGUAGUUAGUGCUACGGUGAAUGUUAUUUGUGAAAUUUCCAAGAAAAACCCCAAUAUUUUCAUUAAUUAUUUACCUAAGUUUUUUGCAAUUUUAGAAGAUACAAAAAAUAAUUGGUUAAUCAUUAGGAUUUUAAAAUUAUUUCAAAGUUUAUCAAUAGUGGAACCAAGAAUGAAAAAGAAAAUACUUCCGACUAUAGUUGAUUUAAUGUUACGAACUCAAGCAUCAUCAUUGAUAUAUGAAUGUAUCAAUUGUAUUGUAAGUGGACAAAUGCUUUCUCCUGAUUCUUCUAAAGAUAAAGAAACAGCAAAACUUUGCAUUGAUCAAUUGAGACUUUUUUUUUCGAAAAAUGAUUCAAACUUGAAAUUUGUUGGAUUAAUAGCAUUAUUUAAUACUUUAAAGAUUUUCCCCUUUUUGAUGAAUGAAAUGGAAAAUAUAUCAGGGUUUGUUUUGGAUUGUUUAUAUGAUCGAGAUUUGAUUAUUAAACGUAAGGCAUUAGAAAUUUCUAAUUAUCUUGUAAAUGAAGAUAAUAUAACUGAAGUGGUCAAGAUCAUGUUGAUGCAAUUAGUACCUGAUAAUAAUAUUAUUGAUGAUAAUUUAAAAUUAGAGGUUACUUUGAAAAUUCUUCAAGUGGCAUCACAAAAUAAUUAUGCCAAUAUCCCCAAUUUUAGAUGGUAUGUGGCUGUUUUGAAAGAUGUUAUCAAUUUAACUUUAUUACCCGUGGAAGGAGUUACCAAUUCAGGAUUGAUAGCAACUCAUAUUGCUAAUGAAAUCUCAUCCAAGAUUGGCAAAGAAUUUAAAAACUUGGCAACAAAAGUUCCUUCAAUUAGAUCAUACUUGUUACAAAAUGUGAUUUUAGGAUUGGUUCAAGAUGUAAGAUUAUUGGAAUCUUCUGGAUUGAUAUUAAGAGAUUUAUAUUGGAUUUUGGGUGAAUAUAUUAGUGAAUUGAAAGUAACCGAUAAUGACGACGACGAUGAUGAUGAUGAUAGUGAUAGUGACAGUGAUAAUGAAAAUGCACAAAUGAUGGUUUUGGAUAUAGAUAAAAAAAUUGAAAUCUUUAACACAUUAAUCAAUCAUGAAAUAGAUAAAAAAUUAGGAUUAACUACUAAUGUUCAUUUCCCAGUAUCAGCAAAACUAAUUAAUUUACAUUUUACAUCGGUGGUUACAGUAUUGAUACAAGCAUUAGUGAAAUUGUAUAAUGGAAUUGCUACUGAUUAUAUUAAUAAUUUUGCCACUACCAAUGGUCAACUUCCUUCAAUAAAAUUUAACGAAUUAUGCUACCACUUGUAUCGUUUAAUAGGAUUUUUGAGUAAUUGGGAGAAUCAUCCAAAUUAUGAGGUUCAAGAGAGAGCAUUAUCCUGGUUAGAAUUUUUGAAGUUGAUUUUAGAAGCAAUGACUGAUAAUAAUGUUGUUGAUAUUGAAAAACUUGCAGAAGCUGAUUUAAAAAUGUAUAAGGAUUUGCCUAUUGCUCGAGUGGAGGGUCCUGAAUCUGAAUCUGAAUCUGAUUCCGAUUCAGAAGAUGAAGAUGAAGAGGAUGACGAGGAAGAAGAAGAAGAAGAGGAUGAUAGUGAUGACGAUCUUGAUAGUGACGAUGACGAGUACGAGAAUUUAGUCUCUUCCGACGAAGAGAGUAACUCAAAACCUUCAGAAUUGAUCUCUUCAAUACAACAAGAAGAAUACAAUCCUUUUGCUGAGAGUUUGGAACUGGAAUCAAAAGACCCUAGUGAAAGCAAUGAAGUAGAGGUUGAUACCCAACAACAACAACAACAACAAGACAAUAAUGGAUUAAAGCAGUUACCAAUGUUACUUACUCAUGUUUUACCCUCAUUUUUUACAGCAUAUACACUUAAUCCUGUUGCUAAGAAUGCUCAGCGUAAUGUAGGUGUUCCAGAAGAUUUAAAUUUAAAUACUCAAAUCAAUUCACCAGAAUUCAAGUUGGAACAGUUUGAAGAUGACAGUUCUGAUAGCUAUGAUUUAUAUUUAUCUGAAGUUGAUGAUAUGGAACCAUUAAUUCAUUUAUCAAGUAGUGAUGAACCACAAGAAAAGAGAAAAGAAAGAUUAGAAAGAUUAAAAGAUGAUCCCUAUUAUCUUGAAGAUGUGGUUAAAACAACGAAAAAGAAAUCCAAGAAUAAAAAAAUAAGAUCUGAAAGUAUUUCACCAGAAAUUGAAAGUGAAAAUGCAUCAAUUUCCAACACUAUUGGAUCAGAAACCGAUACAGAUAUAAACAAAAAACAAAAAGAGAAGAAGAACAAGAAUAAGAAAAAGAAGAUGAAUAAAUUGAAAAAGGAAAAAGUUCUUAUUUUGGAUGAAGAAACUAUUGUUGGAGAAUCAGAUAUUAAUCCAAUUGAAUCAACUAAUAAAGAAAAGAAAAAACCAAUUAAAAAAAAUACAUUUAAAAUUGAUUCCUCCAAUUUAGAUAAUUUUGAUUUGGUAUCAAAUGAUUCUGAAAUACAAAUUCAUAAUGAUAAAGAGUAUGAAAUUGAUUUAGAAGCACUUCGUGAAAAAUUGAAACAAACCAAUGUUGAACCUAAGGAGAAAGCGAAGAAGAAGAAAAAAAAGACAAAAAAAGUCCCAGAAGAAGAAGGGAAGUCAAUUACAGAAUCUAAUGGUGGUGAACUGGUAAAACCAAAGAAAGUGAAAAAGAAAAAAGCGGUUAUAUUAGAAUAA